AUGCUGUGGACCAGUGUAAUUCUGGCUGUCAUCACUGCUGUUGUGGCUCAGGACUUUUUCUCUAAUCGCAAUUAUGGUGAUGGAGCAAUGCCUUCCAGUGACCACUUGUUUGGGUCACGGAGAAGAGUGCUUGACAGGACUUACCAGGGAACACACAUCACUGGUGGACAUAGACCUCAUGUGCAGGAUCGUCAGUACAUUGAUCCCAUCGAUAGUGGUUUCGGGCAGUCCAGACUCAAAAAAGUUGUCCAUAAACCAGUUGUAGACACAGGGUAUGUCGCCCCCAAACCAAUAAAUAUCAAACCGAAAAUACUAGGUCCCGGUGACUUAGGAUAUAUCGAACCUGGCCUCUUUGGACCUACAAAAGGGAAGCUGAUUGAUCCAUUACACCAUGCUCAGAUUGAUACUGGUUAUGUGAAACCUAAGCUUGUUGAUCCAUUAGACGCCUCUUAUAUACCAACUAAACCUCAUGGUCCAAUAGACAUUGGUUAUGUAGACCCAAAGAUACCUGUAGACACCGCAUAUGUCAAACCAAAGUUAAAUAAUCGGCUAGGAACCGAUUAUCUGAUUGACCCUUUACGUCAUAGUAAAUUGGACACUAGUUAUGUGAAACCUAAACUUGUUGAUCCAUUGGACGCCACAUAUGUACCAACUAAGCCUCUUGGUCCAUCCCUCGUAGACACCCCAUAUGUUGAACCAAAAGUGGUAAAACCACUUGGCGCUGAUUAUAUUGGACCAAAAAUGCCAGCUCCGGGUGACCUAGGGUUCAUUGAUCCCACUCCAUUCGGCAAACCGACGAAAGGAAAACUUACUGAUCCAAUAUCAGGGCAUGGUAUCGGGCAUAAAGGACCCCAUAUUGAUCCGUUUUUCGAAGAACGAGUUCGUCAACCAGGCAUCAGUACCAGUGACUUCGUUGCUGUGGAAACCGAAGAUGCCGCUGUUCCAUUUGUCGGGGGAAGUGCUUUAAGAGACCCUUCAUGGGUUGGUUCACAAGGUAAUCCCAUAGUACAGAGUCGUUUUCCUGAGCAAAGAAGACUGCCAUCUGACAUUCAACUUGGAGCAUUUGCACAACGGAGGAACAACUUACCUUUUAUACCAGAUAUUUCACAGGAACAACAACGUAUACUUUCCAGACCAUCAAAGCCGAUACCACCACCCAUCAAAGAAAAGAAAAUCAUGAAGAAAAAAGUAGGAAGAACUGCUGAUGAAAAGCGUAGAUAUUAUCAAAGGUUAAGGAACUUCGAUGGCAGCAAAAAUGUGGAAGCACCUGUGAUAUAG